AUGGCUGCCCACGUCGACCUCUCCCAGCGGGACAUGAACGUGCUCGAAAAGAUGCGCGACCCCGACUUCAACCCAGAGACGAGCCUGGUGCUGGACGAGCGACUACCGCGCGACCCGCACCUGACCGACCCCGCCGUCUACGAGCACGUCGCCUCGCGCGAGCGCGCCAUUGUGCAGUCGCUGCAGGCGCUCGAAGCGGACCUCGCGCAGGCGCAGGACCUCGACGCCGACGCGCGCGCCGUCGACGGCUACCGCACCGCCAUCACCGCCCUCGACCAGCUCAUCAGCGAGCACCCGCGGUACGCUAGCGCGCGCAACAACCGCGCGCAGGCCACGCGGCGGCUCUACGGGGACCUGAUGCUGCUCAGCGUCACCACGACGAGCGCAGCGUCUGCCGUGCCGCUGAUUCCCGCCCCGGCGGCGGACGAGAAGCGGCAGGCGGCCGCGCGCGCGCUCGCCGACCUCGAGACGUCGAUUGCGCUGCUCACGCCCCGCGCGCUGGCCAGCCCGAUGGCGCCGACGGCCGCGCGCACGCUCUCCAGCGCCCUGACCCAGCGCGGCGCCGUCUACCUCCAGACGGGAAAGAUGCUGCGGGCGGACCGCGCGCUCGACGUGGACCAGAGCCGCGACGAGGCCAGCUGGUCGGCGCACCGCUUCCAGGAGGCGGCGUCGCACGACCUCGCGCUCGGCGGCCGCUACGGCAACGAGAUUGCGAAGAACCUGGCCGUCAGCGUCAACCCGACUGCCAAGCUGUGCGGCCAGAUUGUGCGCGAGGCCAUGCGCAAGGAGUACGGCCCCGGCUUCAUAGGCCCGGAGCCCGAAGAGUAG